GCAUGCGUGCGAGGAUCCCAUGAUUCGGAGCACUUUGACAGUCGUGGGCAGUUUUUAUAGAUCGAAAAUUAUGUUUUGACGCAAUGUCACACAUACUCGACGUAUCGUAGUAUAAUCUUCAUUAUUUAAAAUAUGAUAUCGUCGCCCCGCUCGGGCGGAAAAUGUUAUUGGAAAAUGUGAAAUAAACUUUCGAGAGAUUCUGUAAUUUUUCUCUAGAUUACAGAACACUUAAUUCAAUGUCGUCAUUGAUAAGUUCCUGAUACGAUAGCUGGUAGCUUCAAUCGUAGAAAUGAGUAGCAGACAUAGUCCAGGAAAAAUUACACUGGGGAUGUUAAAAGGCAAGCCAAUUGCCACAUCUGUACCAGUGAUUCAUUAUCGAGCUAAUGACGAUGAACUGGAGGAACUAUAUCCAAGUUCCUCUGAUGAGGAGAAACAUGCCACUCCGGAGUCUGAGAAAACGAGGACCCUUCCAUCAAGUCCCUCCAAGGACAGCGAGAAUGGCCAAGGAAUGGAGAAUGGAUCAGAGAGACGUUCCAAUGACAAUAACAUGUCUGAGGGUACUCAUCCAUCUUCAGAUCCAUGGAAGGUCUUGUCUGAGAUCAAGCGAAAUAUUACAAAGACAUUUGAGGAGAAACUUUCUGAGAUAAAGAGCGAUAAGAAGAAGAGAAAACUUAAUAAAGAUAAUUCCAGUAUUAGCGAUUCAGAGGAUCCAGGUGAUAUCACACCAGUUGAUGAAAAUGUCAACGAAAGACAAGAGAAGGAACCAGGUGCUGCUACCAAUAAAAAUACAGCUUCGAGAUUUGUGGGAUUUUCGCAGGUGAAAACUGGCUUGAAAACCAAAAACUCUCAGGACGAGAGUGUAGAGAGCGGUGUGGAAGCAGCUGAAUUUUCCGAAUCCACUCCUGAAACGCUUCUCUUUAAACAAGAUUAUUUUCGCGACGAGGAUAAAAGGAACGAUAUUAUGUGUCGUCGCAAUCUUUUCAGCCAAUCAGAUGGAUAUGUCCAGAAAGAAGAAGUAAAAUUCAGCACAUUGCUCUCUCAUAUGAAGGAUCAUGUGUUUCAGCAAUUGACAAAGCAGUUAGCCGCGUUGUUUAUCCUUGUGUUUACUUUCUGCUUUGUGAUUCCAUUGCCUUCACAUCUAGUUGGUUUUUCUAUAGGAGUUUUCACCACAGUGAUAAUAUAUAAAUUAGUACAGAAGAUCCAAGAUAUUUUAGCAACGCCUUUAAAUAAAGAGCCUGCUCACGUGGUGGUUCCUGUACUGGAGAUACCAGCGGCAGAAGAGCACGCAGUCCAAGAAAAAUAUGAGGGCUGGUUAAAUGAGUUGCCAUAUCUCUAUGAUUCCCAGAACUAUCAUGUGGCACGCACAAAGUCGGUUUUCUUCAGCCUGGAAGGCGGAAUGCUGCGAAUUAUGGAGACUAGGAUGAAAGUACCAAAGAGAGCGGUGUGGGAUGAGCCUAAACGAAAAUAUAAGUUUAUUAGGAAACGCGUGUAUAAUCUUAUUGGUGCAAAGAUAGAACUGGUACCGGAAGGACUCAUUCGGAGAAGGAGAUGGAGCAAGAAGUAUCCAAUUUGUAUCACUAUGGAUCCAGGAGCUUUAUUAGAGGUCAUAACAUUGGAUGAUUGCAUGGAUCUUGGAAAAGAAUUCGAGGAUGAGAAGAAAGUUACUCAAGCGGAAGGAGCUAAUCAGGAAGUCGAGGAAAAUAUCUUGUGCGAUGAGACAAAAAGUGAGGACGAAGACUCGAGAUUCGAAUUUCUUAAAGAUAAUGAAGAAGAUGAGUCAAAAAUCGAUGAAGACGAAGAUGACGAUGAUCUUUCGCAAUCCAAGUCCUUGAGAAGUAUUUACGAGGAUUGUCGCGACAACGAAGAAGUCACCAAAUGUAAACUUUAUGUCUUUGCGCGUGCCGACCGAGAGAAGGAAGAUUGGUUUCGAAGAUUAACAUCAGCAGUGUCUCUUUCGAAAAAACGACAUUCAACUUGUUCCACGAAUGAUUCCGUAUCCUGCGCAAAUGUAGUCUCUGUCCCGGAUGUGGCAGAAACAAAACUGCUCGAGACGUCUCCCGAAAUCAGUUAUAACACCUAUAUGAACAAGUACUUGAACGUGGAUCCCGAGGGUUCUCCAAAGGAAGAUGAUGUUCUCUGGAUAAACUGUCUUCUGGGACGAUUAUUGUUCGACAUGCAUGGUUGUCCAGACACAAUUAAUCUUAUUCAGGACAAAAUACAACGCAAACUGUCUAAUAUAAAACUUCCGUAUUUUAUGGAAAGCCUUCUCAUUACGGAAAUAGUAAUCGGACAGAACGCUCCGACGAUUCAUAAAGUUACUAAACCGGUACUCGACGAACGUGGACUUUGGCUUGAUAUGAAUAUUACUUAUAAGGGUUGUUUGACGAUGACUGUAGAGACAAAGCUGAAUCUAAUGAAACUGACACGUGCAAGUAGCGCUUGCGGUGAGAUCAUCGACGAGAAAACCAUUCCUACCAGAUCGCCAAUAUUCGACAGCGAUGUAGAAGAUAGUCCGGAGACGUCCACAGAAGAUGAAGAUGUCGGAAAUGUCGCAUUGUGCGUCACAUCCAAAGAUGCCACACCAAUUCAAUCUUCUGGCAAGAAAUUUCUCAGCAUGGUCGAUAAAUUAACAGCCAACAAAUAUUUCCGACAUGCCACUGAGUUAUCUUAUAUACGAAGAGCAAUGGAGGGUGUCUCUAAUACAGAGAUCCGCUUCAUAGUUAACAUUUCCGGCAUCGAGGGUUGUCUUCUGGUAAACAUUCCUCCACCACCUUCUGAUCGACUCUGGUACGGUUUCAAGCCCGUGCCUAAGAUCACCCUUACUGUGCAGCCAGCCCUUGGUGAAAGGACUGUGAACAUUGUAUAUGUGACCAAGUGGAUUGAAAAUAAGCUGCUCAAGGAAUUCGAAAAGCUAGUGGUUCUACCAAAUAUGGAUGAUUUGGUCUUGUCACUCUGCCCAAAUUAUCCCUUUGUCGUGACAUAGACAACUUUUUUACGUCAGCCAAAACAGUUUCCUGCUUUUACAUUUCUUUUUUUUGUAUAUGAUUUGUAAAUAUCCUCACUCGUAUAAUUGAGAAAUGGAUUUUUUUCUCAUCGAUACGGUAAAUUCAUCGAAAUUCGUAAAUAUAAGUCUGUGAAAAAAUUAAAAGAUUUUCAAAAUAAUGUGUAGUUUUAGCUCUAUUUUUACAAUAUUUUUUAAUAUUGUUGUUGCAUUAUUUUUCUCGCCUAAAUGAAAAAAAUGUUUCGUUAGGCAUAUGCAGUAUUUACAAGAAAGUGAGAAGAAUGAUUGUGAUAUAUAUUUUAUUUUUAUUAAUUAUCUUUAUAUUUAUAAAAUUUAAAAAGGAGGCAGGAGAGAAAAAAAUCAUUAUGAGCAUUAAUUUGAUUAAAGUAUGCAAACCAAAUAUAUAGCGAGUAAGAGAGAGAUGCACGGAAAAGUAAGGCAAUUUAAUUAAUAUUUAAUGAAGUGCAUUAUUCGCUGCAGAUUGUUUAAUUAUACAACUAUAAAUAUCACGAAAUGAUGUGGCGCCUAUCUUAAACAAAAAAGAAUACUAAUAUCAAUGUCUAUGUGAUCAUACAUUUAGUCUUUUGAUGCAGGCAGCUGAUGCAAAAUAUUUUGUUACAUUGUUAAAAUAUUAUAAAAUGACUGGAUUAUAAUGAAAUUAAAUAAUCGAUUAUUUUUGAUUGAAAAAUCAUUGUUAAAAUGGGCAAAAUUAUUAAAAAUAUAUAUAUGAAAUGGAAUACAAUCACUUAUAUGCCAGUAGAACUUUUUGUGUCUUGAUAAUUAGACUCGUAAUAUAAUCGAGCGAAUAUAGUUGAUUGAUAAAGUAUGAUAAAGAAAAAAGUACAUAAUGUGUUAAUACUGUUCAUCAAAAUCGACCGCGUUGAUUUUAAAUGCGAUGUUCAAAAAAUGUUAAUUUUAUAUAUACAAUUGUUGACAUAAAAAUGUAAAAUA